UCCCACUUGACUAGGAUUUGAAGGAGUGACGGCAUGGAGGAUUGACAAAGCUAAAGCACAAGGACUCAAUUAAGAAGCCUUUUCUGAUGAGGGACUACUUUUAAAGAAAUUCGAGAGUACAGAAUUUGUGUGAUCAAAGCAUCAAUGGACUUCUUUCUUGCAAGUUGAACAAAACAAGACCAUUCAUUCUCUCUCGAGGCUGCGCGUGUCAAAAUGAUGAGCCACACGUACGUGGAACAACCUUAAACUGCACAUGUUCUGCUUUCAAGGAAUUCGAGGCUCCUACUAUGGAGGCGGUGGUAAAAUUGUGUGAUCAAAGCAGAAAGCCACCCAACCCAAAACAUCUGCAAGGACCUCCAAGGGGAGUCAACAAGUGAGAGAGUUGACCGGGUGUCUUGUGGACAGUAGACAGCAUUAUAGUAGCCAAAGCAUUAGCAUUUCUCAAGGAGGAUAGUGCGAGAGAAGAAGAGUAAACAAAAGACAAGCACACACAGAUGGGCAGGAUUCCGUGUUGUGAGAAGGACAACGUGAAAAGGGGGCAAUGGACACCUGAAGAAGAUAACAAACUCUCUUCUUACAUCGCCCAACACGGCACCCGUAACUGGCGGCUCAUCCCCAAGAAUGCUGGUCUCCAGAGAUGUGGGAAGAGUUGCAGGUUGCGGUGGACUAAUUAUCUCCGGCCUGAUCUGAAGCACGGCCAGUUUUCGGAUGCAGAAGAACAUACCAUUGUCAAGCUUCACUCUGUUGUUGGCAACCGAUGGUCAUUGAUUGCUGCUCAGCUUCCAGGCCGCACAGACAAUGAUGUUAAAAAUCACUGGAACACCAAGCUGAAAAGGAAGCUUUCUGGCAUGGGAAUAGACCCGGUUACCCACAAGCCCUUCUCCCACCUCAUGGCAGAGAUUGCCACCACACUAGCAACACCGCAGGUGGCUAACCUUGCAGAAGCAGCCCUUGGCUGCUUCAAGGAUGAAAUGCUCCACCUGCUCACUAAAAAGCGGAUUGACUUCCAGCUGCUACAAUGCAACACAAAUGGAGUACAAGGGAACACCUCAUCCCCUUAUACUGCCACUAAACAUGAUGAAAAUGAUGAUACUAUUGAGAGAAUCAAGCUUGGUUUCUCCAGGGCUAUGCAAGAACCUGGAAUUCUGCCCCCAAACAAGACCUGGGAUUCCCCUGGUGCUACCUCUGCCAAUUUUGCAGGCACCUGCGCCUACUUCCCUUCAUCAGUUAAUGCAUUUUUAUGUGGUCCAUCUUCUUUUGGCAACGAAGUUGCUUUAUCGCCAUGGAGUCAGAGUAUGUGCACUGGAAGCACGUGCACAGCAGGUGACCAACAAGGUAGAUUGCAUGAAAAGCUCGAUGAUGAGAAUGGAGAAGAAUCCCAGGGUGGGAAAGAGAUUAGAAAUGGCCCAUCCCUCUUCAAUACAGACUGCGUUCUAUGGGAUUUACCAUCUGAUGAUCUAAUGAACUCAAUAGUUUAAGGAUAUUUACAUCACAAAAUAGGCAAUGACACCCUUCAUUUAUUGACAAUAACAGAUAUCUUAUCACAAAUAAUGAAAAAUGUAAAUAAACUUCUAUACAAAUUAUACCCUAGAA